AUGGACCACCAGUCCCAGCGCGGCCGGUCGCCCCCGGUCGGCCAUCAUCAUCAUCAGCAGCAGCAGCAGCAGCAGCCUCCUCAUAUACAGUCCCAUUCCCCCUCACCGUCCCCGGCUCCGUAUCAGACGGUAGGAGGAGACCCAUCCACCGACCUCGGCCUCGCCCUCGACAAUCACCAGCAGCAUCGCCAGCAGCAGCAGCCAUACACCGUCGGCACCGACCCCAACCUUGACGCCUUUGGCAACAACACAAGCUACUACGAUCCAAGCCCCGACUUCACCCAGCAAAUGUCCGGCGCAGUACCCCACGACCCGGCCGUCUCCUUCCCCCCCCAGCCCCAAGGCGACUACCUCUCGCCCAACCUCAACGACGGCGAUUUCUCCCUCUUCCCGCCUCCCACCAGCCAGCCCGACCAGUACAGCGCACCGCUGUUUGACCAGGGCCUCAGCCCCAACGACAUUGGCUCCAUGGCCUCGCCCCAGCAGCACUCGUCUCCCACCCCGCCUCACCUCUUUGCCGACGGCGCCCAGCAUCCCGGCUCGGCCCACCAGUCUCCCUCCUUCACCCACCAGGCCCAGUUCCCCUCGCCUGUCCUGGGUGGCGGUAACCACACGAGAAAUCCCAGCCACGCGUCGCAUGCCUCCCUCGGCCCAGAGGCCGCCCUUCUCCCCAACCAGAUGGGCGAGUGGUCCCAGCCGCAGUUUCAGGGUCACCGCCGUAGCCCGUCGGCGCAUUCCGACGUCUCGUCCGUGUCGCCCUCGCCCAACCUCAUCUCGUCCGACUCCUUCGACGACUCCAGCCACUCGCCCCUCCAGAGGGCCUCGGAUGGGAGCAUGUACCAGGACGUCCUCGGCAUCGGCAACUUCAGCAUCUCGGAUCCCAACGUUGGCAGUCCCGUGAACCCGGGGCGUAGCCCGUCUCACAGCCCCGCCAUCAGCCCCCGCGCUCACCCUCAGCAGAUACCCGACAUGGGCGCCCGGGGCUACGGCCUCGCCCCUCCCAGCGUAGGAUUCGCGGAUCCGUCCGCCGGCUACUCCACCUAUCCGGUCCAGAACGAGAUGUUCCCCAACCUGCCGCAAUCGAGCGGCGCCGACAUGACGCAGAUGGCGCCCCCGUCCAUCAACAUCGACUAUGCGCCGACGAAUUCGCGCACCGGCGGCUACGAGGGUGGCAAGCAGAUUGACCAGGCCUCCCUAACGCCACCCGAACGAGGUCGUCAGAGAGGUCGUCAACGCGCAGUUACGGACCCCUUCCACCCAUCCGGCGGUAUGCUUGGCCGGCCGAACCAGGCAGGCCGUCAUCGCCAAUCGCCCUCGCCGAGCUCGGCUGCGUCUCCGCGAUCCGACGUCUCACGGUCCCUGUCGCCUCACUCGGGCGCGUCGCCCAACAGGCGGAGGCAAUCCACAUCGUCCGUGCCCAACAACGUCAUCGCCCUGCGCCUGGCGGACCCCGAGUUCCAGACGGGACAGGAUGCAGGCACCAGCAAGCGCGUGCAGAAGCACCCAGCCACGUUCCAAUGCACCCUGUGCCCGAAGCGCUUCACGCGCGCGUACAACCUGCGAUCCCACCUGCGGACCCACACAGACGAGCGACCGUUUGCGUGCACGGUAUGCAGCAAGGCGUUUGCGCGCCAGCACGACCGGAAGCGACACGAGAGUCUCCACUCGGGCGAGAAGAAGUUUGUCUGCAAGGGCGACCUGAAAGCCGGAGGGCAGUGGGGCUGCGGUCGGCGAUUCGCCCGCGCAGACGCUCUGGGUCGACACUUCCGCUCCGAGGCCGGUCGCAUAUGCAUCAAACCCCUGCUAGACGAGGAGAUGCUGGAGCGCCAGCGCCAGUGGACCGACGACCAGAUGCUGCAGCAGAGCGUCAACCACAACAGCAUGGUACCGCAGAGCAUGCGCGUCGACCCGGACACGGGCUACCCCAUGGACGCCGGAGGCCACUUUGCCCUCCCCGCCGCCCUGCUCGCGCAGUACCCAGCCCUGGCGCAGAUGAGCUUUGCAGGCCCCGAGAUGGGCGGCAUAGACGAGGACAUCAGCGGGCGUUCGUCGUUUGACGCAAGCGACUUUGACGACGGCGAGGACGGAGGUUACGUCAGUGGACCCGGGACGGGGUACGGAGAGGGUGGAAUGGGGCAGAAUUUCGGCGAGAUGGGCUACGUGAGCGAUAUGGGAGCGAGGUGA